CAACAAUGGCAGAUGUCCAGCAGGCCAACAGCGGAAUCAGGAUUGCACAGCAUGUGAAUGUCCCAUGACAACAAGACAAAUCACUGUGUACAAUUCAAAACGUGUCCCUCUAGCUGGGGUUAGGGUAGCCUUAAAAGACCUAGAGUAUGAGAUUAUUGGGUUGACUGAUACAUCAGGGGCUCUCAAACUGCCAGGACUUUGUAAAAAUGCUGAACUUGUGAGUGAGAAAGAGAAAUAUAUGACUAAUGUCACUUCUAUUGGUGCUGAUGGUGGAACACCCUUUGAGAUCAUAAUGCAAGCAUUAGAGGGAAUAGAAGUCACACGUCAUCCUUUGAGUAAAGUUGCCCUUGUGGGGGACGAUGUUAACUUUACAUGUAAAGGUAUUGGUAAACCACCCCCAGAUACAUACACAUGGUAUAAGAAUGGCAAAGAAAUGACAUCAACUGGAAGUAACACAAACACACUUAUCAUACAAUCUGUGACAACCAAUGACAGUGCUUCCUACAUGUGUCUAGCACAGUCUGACUUUAGUGUUGCCUACUCUAAUCCUGCUACACUCCUUGUCAAAGACGAUGGCGACAGUUUUUGUGAUCCUGUUCCGAUAUCACAUCUCAAACCACUUCCGAAGAACUGUCCACAAAAUGGAGAAACACCCUACCACUAUGAUGUUAAGAAAUGUCGUGGUAACGCAUGUAUAAAGCAAACUGUUACAAACAAGGAAGAAUAUUGCUGUGGACCAAUC